GUGGUGGGGGCCUGCAGUCUAGAGGGGUCUCUGUGCAGUUCGGGAGGGCUCUGCAAUGUUGGGGGUCCCGGUGCUGUUGGGGGGUCCUGGUGCGGUUCGGCAGGGCCCUGUAAUGAGGAACCUCGGUGCGGUUCGGGAAGAGGGCUCCCAGGUGGCGCAGGCACAACCACGGUGCCCCGGGCGGCACUGACGGGCUCGCCGGACACGUGCCUGUCCGCACCCCCCUGGCACCCGCCGCCCACCAUGGACCCCCAGAGCGACACAGGGCCAGAGGGGCCGGGGCUGGAGGGGCCGGGGCUGGAGGCGGCGGGGCCGGAGGCUGCAGGGUUGGACGCAGGACUGGCGGCGGCGGCACGGGAGCGGCAGCUGCAGCGGGAGCUGGUGGCCCUGAAGCAGCAGCAGCAGCUCCAGAAGCAGCUGCUCUUCGCCGAGUUCCAGAAGCAGCACGAGCACCUCACGCGCCAGCACCAGGUCCAGCUCCAGAAGCACCUCAAGCAGCAGCAGGAGGCCCUGGCUGCCCGCCGGCAGCAGGAGCUGGAGCAGCAGCGGCAGCGGGAGCGGCAGGAGCUGGAGCAGCAGCGCCUGGAGCAGCUCCAGAGCCUGCGACCCAAGGACAGGAGCCGUGACAGUGCCAUCGCCAGCACUGAGGUGAAACUGAAGCUCCAGGAGUUCCUGCUCAGCAAGACGAAGGAGCCAGGCCCCGGCCCCCCAAACCAUUCCCUCCCCCAGCACCCCAAAUGUUGGGCUCACCACACCUCGUUGGACCAGAGUUCCCCCCCGCAGACAGGCAGCCCGGGGACCCCUCCGUCCUACAAGCUCCCCCUCCUCGGCACCUACGACGGCCGGGAUGACUUUCCUCUCCGGAAAACUGCCUCUGAGCCCAACCUGAAGGUGCGGUCGCGGCUGAAGCAGAAGGUGGCGGAGCGGCGGAGCAGCCCUCUCCUGCGGCGCCGCGACGGCUCCGUGCUCAGCGCCUUCCGCAAGCGCCACGUCGAGAUCACCGUGUCCUCGGUGUGCAGCAGUGCCCCCGGGUCGGGGCCCAGCUCCCCCAACAGCUCCCACGGUGCCCACAACGGCCUGGCCGCCUCCGUCCCCAACAUCCACACCGAGCAGCUCCUGCCCCAGCCCCGUGCCCUGGCCCUGGAUGGGGCCCAGCUCAGCCUCUACACGUCCCCGUCGCUGCCCAACCUGUCCCUGGGGCUGCAGGCCACUGUCACUGUCACCAGCGCCCACGUCCCCGCAUCCCCCAAGCUGUCACCGCAGGCUGAGGGCGAGCGCCCUGGUGUACCCCCCCUGCGCCCUGGGGCCGCCCUCACCGGGAAGUUCCUGAGCACGUCCUCGAUCCCGGGGUGCCUGCUGGGGGUGGCCCUGGACGGGGACCCCCCGGCCGGUCCCCCGUCCCUGCUGCAGCACGUCCUGCUGUUGGAGCAGGCACGGCAGCAGAGCACCCUCAUCGCUGUGCCCCUGCACGGCCAGUCCCCGCUGGUGACGGGGGAGCGCGGGGGGGGUCCCCGUGGGAACAAACUGCCUCGGCACCGGCCCCUGAGCCGCACCCAGUCGUCCCCGCUGCCCCAGAGCCCCCAGGCCCUGCCCCACGGCCCCCUCCAGCACCACUUUCUCGACAAGCAGCAGGUCCAACUGGGCAAGCUGCUCCCCAAGGCGGGGGAGCUGGCACGGCAGCCCCCCACCCACCCUGAGGAGACGGAGGAGGAGCUGACGGAGCAGCAAUCACCCCCCCCAGGCGAGGGGGGGCCCCCUGGCCCCCCCCUCAGCCCCCCCCUCACCCUCAUCUCCCCGGAGGCUGGGGACCCCCCGGAGCAGCUGCAGGAUCCCGAGGGCGGCCAGGGGACAGGGGACAGCGGGGAUGAGGCUGAGGGUGCCGGGUACCCUGACGUCACUGAGCUGGGCGUCACCUACAAGCAGGUGUACCCCGAGGCACCGCUGCAGCUUUAUCCCACGCCCCCCCUGGGGGUCCUGGCACUGUCCCACCCGGCUCUCGCCCGCACCCAGUCGUCCCCUGCCAGCGUCAAGCCCCCUGUGCCCGAGGGGCCCCCCAAGCACCUCUUCACCACAGGCGUGGUGUACGACACGUUCAUGCUGAAGCACCAGUGCACCUGCGGGAACACCACGAUCCACCCGGAGCACGCCGGCCGCAUCCAGAGCAUCUGGUCCCGGCUCCAGGAGACCGGCCUGCUCGGGAAGUGUGAGCGGAUCCGGGGCAGGAAGGCGACGCUGGAGGAGAUCCAGACGGUGCACUCAGAGCACCACGCGCUGCUCUACGGCACCAGCCCCCUCAACCGCCAGAAACUGGACAGCAAGAAGCUGCUGGGUCCCAUCACGCAGAAGACGUACGCAGUGCUGCCAUGUGGGGGCAUCGGGGUGGACAGUGACACGGUGUGGAACGAGCUGCACUCGUCGAGCGCGGUGCGCACGGCCGUGGGCUGCCUGCUCGAGCUGGCCUUCAAGGUGGCUGCAGGCGAGCUCAAGAACGGCUUUGCGGUCAUCCGCCCCCCAGGCCACCACGCCGAGGAGUCCACAGCCAUGGGCUUCUGCUUCUUCAACUCAGUGGCAAUCUCGGCCAAGCUGCUGCAGCAGCGGCUCAGCGUGGGCAGGAUCCUCAUCGUGGACUGGGACAUCCACCAUGGGAAUGGGACCCAGCAGGCCUUCUACAGUGACCCCCACGUGCUCUACAUCUCCUUGCACCGCUACGACGACGGCAACUUCUUCCCGGGCAGUGGGGCCCCUGAGGAGGUGGGCAGUGGGCUGGGAGUGGGCUACAACAUCAACAUCGCCUGGACUGGCGGCGUGGACCCCCCGAUCGGGGACGUGGAGUAUCUGACUGCCUUCAGGACGGUGGUGAUGCCCAUCGCCAAGGAGUUCUCCCCAGACCUGGUGCUGGUCUCCGCUGGCUUCGACGCCGUCGAGGGCCACCUGUCCCCGCUCGGUGGCUACUCUGUCACCGCCAAGUGUUUUGGACACCUGACGAAGCAGCUGAUGAUGCUGGCGAGGGGCCGGGUGGUGCUGGCGCUGGAGGGGGGCCACGACCUGACGGCCAUCUGCGAUGCCUCCGAGGCUUGUGUCUCUGCCCUGCUCGGCCUGGAGCUGGAGCCCUUGGAUCCGUCCCUGCUGCAGCAGAAGCCAAAUGUGAAUGCAGUGGCCACACUGGAGAAGGUCAUCGAGAUCCAGAGCAAGCACUGGGGGUCCGUGCGGCGUUUCGCAGCGGCCGUGGGCCGGUCCUUGCUGGAGGCCCAGCGCAGGGAGGCCGAGGAGGCUGAGACGGUGACGGCCAUGGCCCUGCUCUCGGUGGGCGCCGAGCAGGCCGGGGGAGACCCCCAGCCCAGGCCAGUGGAGGAGCCGAUGGAGGCUGAGCCUACGCUCUGACCCACCCGCAUCGUUCCCGCCUCUGAAAAAACCAAGAAACACCCAGAAGAGACUAAAAAACUCACACACACACACAGACAUACACACAGAGAAAAAAAUCACAGUAAAAGGGAAAAA